AUGGACGAGAAGACUUCCCUGCAAGAUCUCCCUCGAGAGAUAGCAGCUCCAGCAAGCUCUAGAGCUUCGCCUCGCGCACCUAAAUCGUCCAUCCGAAGCUGGAUUCUGUGCGUGAUCACCCUGGUGGCUGGCGGCUGGUUCCUCUGGCCCCACUACUGCCACCAUACUCGCGUGCUCUCCAUCGAGGAUCGAGUCCACCACAUUCUCUCCACCACGCCUUUGAUCGAUGGUCAUGAUGAUCUGCCCAUCCUGGUCCGACUCACGUUCCAAAACCGCAUCUACUCACCGAACUUCACCGAUGCUUUCACCCAUGGCACUCUUCCUGGCCAUGUGGAUCUGCCUCGUCUGAAGAAAGGGCGGGUGGGAGGCACCUUUUGGAGUGUCUUCGUUCCGUGCCCGGUAGAUUGGUCCGACUUUGCCGAUGAGAACUAUGCGCCUAGCGUUCGAAUGGCCGUGGAACAGGUUGAUCUCAUGUCCCGGAUCCAAAAGGCGUUCCCAGAGGUCUUCUCGACACCCCCCAAUGGCACCACGGCCAUGGAGGCAUUCCAGCAGGGCAAGAUCAUCUCUCCGUACGGAAUUGAAGGGCUACACUCCAUCGGUAACUCACUAGCGCACCUACGAAUGUUCUAUGACAUGGGAGUCUCCUAUGCCACGCUCACCCAUAACUGCCAUAACAAGUAUGCCGACGCCGCCAUUCUCGAGGAACCAGACGGUAGCAUCAAACUGGCCGUCCCUCUCUGGCACGGCAUCAGUCCCGCAGGUGAAAAGUUGGUAGCCGAAAUGAACCGACUGGGAAUGAUCGUCGAUCUGGCCCAUGUCAGUCCCGACACGAUGCGCGAUGUGCUGGGCGCAGGCAAGACCGAGUGGACGGGCAGCCGGGCCCCCGUCAUCUUCAGCCACAGCUCAGCCUAUGCUCUGUGUCCACACCCGCGAAACGUGCCAGACGAUGUCUUGGAAUUGGUUCGAGAGCGCAACUCCAUCGUCAUGGUCAACUUUGCCCCCGAUUUCAUCUCCUGCCACGACUCGGGUCGGGAGGACGGGUUGCCGAUAGUGGACUAUGCCGAGGCCACCAUUGAGCGGGUUGCCGACCACAUCAUCCACAUCGGGACUGUGGCAGGCUUUGACCACGUUGGCUUGGGCAGUGACUUUGACGGUAUUCCGACCGUGCCCACGGGGUUGGAAGAUGUGUCCAAGUUCCCAGAUUUGAUCGCGGAGCUUCUUCGUCGGGGUGUUACGGACGAACAGGCGGCUAAGGUGGCAGGAGGCAAUCUUCUGCGUGUGUGGAAAGAAAUUGACCAGGUGGCUCUUAAGAUGCAGGCUGAAGGGGUUCUGCCUGAAGAGGAUUAG